AUGCCUUCAAUAGCUGGUAAAUAUGAACAUUACAAAAACGAAAAUUUGGAUGAAUACUUUGCCGCAUGUGGUCUACCAUACGUCGUUAGAAAGAUGAUAUCAUUGAUCACACCCAUAAUGGAAAUUAUACUUGAAGAUGAUGUUAUGACCUUAAGAGUAACAUCUUGGCUUUGGUCUUCUGACCAUACGUUCAAACUAGGAGAAAAGUACAUUGAACAGAUGCCAAAGGAUAACAUAAUAAGUGUGACCAAGGUGGUCAAUGAUCAUGAAGUAUUAACUGAAUCUGUAAUAGAAUCAACUGGAGAUAAAGCUCACAGGCAUUAUCUCUUCACAGAUGAAGAGGUGGUAGAGACUUUGACGCAUGAAAAAGCCAAAGGAGUCACCAAGAGGUAUUACAAGAGAAUUAAGUGA